AUGGAUGGCGAGGUAGGCAAGGGUGUAACUGGCAACUGCCAGUCCGAGAUCGCGACCCUGAAGCCCCUUGUGGCGCCGUGUGUGGCGGUGAGACUUGGCGUCACAUGGACUCUGGUGUGGCCGGGGUUUGUUCUUGAUCGUCUCUCGAUCAACGCCUUGGCCAGGGGCAUGGAUCCAAGCGACUGA